UGUGAGCAGUGGGAGGGAGACCAGAAUCCCGGAAGCGCUGCUCCGCGCUGGGACUGGUUCCUUCGCAGCCAUUUUCUGUCCAACCAAACAGCCGAUUCGUGCAGGGAACCAACCAGGGCCGCACUGGAGAUGGAUGGUGAUAACGCUACAACAGAUGCUACACAGUUAGGAAUUUCCGGAGAGUACAUUGGUGGAGGCCAUUAUGUAAUACAGCCACAUGAUGGAGAUACAGAAGAUAGUUUAAAUGACCCAGACGACACAAAUGGAUCUAAAGAAAGUUUCAGAGAACAAGACAUUUACCUACCUAUCGCCAAUGUGGCAAGGAUAAUGAAAAAUGCCAUACCACAGACAGGAAAAAUUGCUAAAGAUGCCAAGGAGUGUGUCCAGGAAUGUGUAAGUGAAUUUAUAAGCUUUAUAACCUCAGAAGCAAGUGAAAGAUGUCACCAAGAAAAACGAAAAACAAUCAAUGGAGAAGACAUUCUGUUUGCUAUGUCAACUUUAGGAUUUGAUAGCUAUGUGGAACCAUUGAAGCUAUACCUUCAGAAGUUCAGAGAGGUUACCGGUGUCAGUGACACUGCACUCCUUUGUAAGACUGAACUCGGAUUGGAAGACUUCGUCCUGGCAAUGAAGGGUGAGAAAGGAAUUGGUGGUACUGUUACAGGAGCAGAUGGUCUUGGAGAGGAGUUAACAGAAGAAGCUUUUGCUGGCCAAAUACCAGCAGGAUUAAUAGCUACAGAUGGACAGCAGCAGAAUGUUAUGGUUUAUACAACAUCAUAUCAACAGAUAUCUGGUGUUCAACAAAUCCAGUUCUCCUGAUUUUGAAGAGAUUAUAUCUUGCAAACAUGAGUCAGGAAGAAAGCUAUAACAUUUUGAAUGCAAAGUUGAAUUGCAAUACAGUGAGUUUUCUUAUUUAAUGUUUUUUUUUGUUUGUUUUUUUCUUCUUUUUUUUCCGUUUUUGUAUAUUGAGUUGCUGUAAUGUAGCUUCCUCCGGCAUGCCCUAUAGAGGGAUAAGUCCCAUUCCUGCAUUUUUUUCCUCUAUUUUAAGAAUUGGAUUUUUAAAUGUUACCUUUUUUGUACAAGAGUUGUUCUUCUGACUCCUGUAUGCAUUGUAAAUUAAUGAUUUAUUACUGUCUGAAAUUUGUAGACAGUUUCUUAUUUUCAUAUUGAAUCAUGUAACUUCUUUUGUAAAUUGAAUUAAAAAAAUGGGUUAAUUUGUGAUGUUUACCCUUUUAAUAAAAAAGUUAUAAGAAACCUCAA